GCAGUCUGUAAGGAAAGGGAAAAUUAGGCUGAGAUUCGCUAAUCGAAUUUUACCUCAACAAUCUCUCUCUCUCUCUCGCUUCCAUCACUCUGUUAUUUCUGUCGAGAGAGUCUUUCAAAAAUCCCUUUCCUUCUAGGGUUUGGAGAAUCUGGGCAACUCCUGCUCGUCUGUCAUGUUUCCUCUCAGUUCCGUCCGAUUCAAACCAGGAUUUCUCUAAUUAGCGCCAAUUUUCCCCUUCAACCAUAUAUCUACUCGGAAUCCGACCCCAUCUGUCGGUUCUUCAAAUUUUCGCUCGUGUUUCAUCAUUCAAUAGAUAAGGGUUUCGCAUUAAUUAUGAUUACAAUCUUCAAGCCCUUUAUGUCUUUCAUCGUAAUCGUUCAUAAUCUUCGUGUAUUUGGCCCUGGAUUGAAUCCCUUUGCACCCUACUGUGUCGCUCAUCAUUCCAUUGCUGCUUCUCGCUAAUUCUCUUCGCUUUCGUUUCUUCCCACGAAUCCUCUUUAAGAAUUUUAAUUUUACUUUGUUCUUCCUAAGAAUCAUGUAAUUCUUGUUUCUUUUUGGGUUCUGGGUUUAUUGUUAUAGACCAUACUUCAAUAAGAAAUUUUCGAGGACGAUUGAAGGGAUUUCUAUUUGUAUUUUGUGGUUGACGAACUGUAGUGAUCGAGGCUGUUUGAGUUGAUCGAAUUGGAUUUGGAUUGGAAGAACAUGCCUCAGGAACAGAGGAGCUCGAUUAGUCGAAGCCUUUCGAGAAGGCGUUCCUUCCGUUAUGAUGUGUUUAAUACGGAUGACAGGGGAUGGACUUCACUCCACAUUGGUGCGCGGAAGGGUGACCUCAAAGAGGUGAAGCGUCUGCUAAACGAUGGAAUGGAUGUGAAUGCAUUAGCAUGGGGCCCCAAAUCAAAGGGGUUGACCCCCCUCCACCUUGCUGCUGAGGGUGGACAUCUCGAAGUAAUGGAUGAAUUGCUUGAACGUGGUGCCAACAUUGAUGCUAGAACUAAAGGUGCUUGUGGCUGGACACCUCUGCACAGUGCAGCCAAAGAGAGGAGGAGGGAAGCGGUUAAGUUCCUUGUGGAGAAUGGAGCAUUCUUGCCGGAUGAUAUCAAUGACUGCAGAUUCAAUCCCCCACUUCACUACUGUCCUGGUCUCGAGUGGGCGUAUGACGAGAUGAAGCGUCUUCAACACGAAACUGGUUCGUCUGCAGAGACAUCUUGCUGCAGCUCUGAGAGCUGAAAACCCUUCUCACCCACCCACCCAUCCUUACGUUGUUCUGUUGAGUUUGAUUCUGUUUUUAUCAAGACAUCUAUCUUGAACUUGCUGUGUGUCUGGUCAGUAUUGCUUUGUUCUAUGGAACCUACUUUUGAAGCGUGUUGUUACCCAUAAACUGUGUUGUGUUUGCGAACCUUCGCCAAACAUCGAUCAAUUUCAAUUCUCGAUUUCAA